CUUUUUAAAGAAAAUGGCCAGCUGUGUGGCUUUCCAGACUAAGUUAGCCUCGAUCAUGGAGAUGUUAGCUCAAGCUGCCGUGUUGGAGAUCGGUAAACUAUGGGAGGACAGCUUCACCCUCGUCCAGGUCGAGCUACGCCGGAGAGAGAGUGAGAUUGAAGCUCUGAACAGAAAGUUGGUGUUGCUGGAAAACGAGCAGCUGACUCAGACUCAGGCUGCAAAUGUGUCCUCACCAUCUUCAUCCAGGAGAGAGCAGCAGAGCAGGAUGCUGCCCCCUACUGGUGAUGGACCCGUCAUAGAUUCAGUCCAGACGUUAUCUUCCGAGCAGAGCGUCAGAGAGAAGACGGACACCUCAGCCAAUCACAGAACAACGUCUCCACCCGCUCCAUCAGAGGAGAAACAGAACGAGCAGCUCAAGUCUGACUUCUGUGAAAGUGACAGCAGAGACGACGAAGAUCUAAUAGUGAAGCUGGAGGACGAGGACGACGUUCAGAUCGUGGAGGAGAUAAUGGACUGUGAGCAGAGCGUUACUGACGGAGCCGCUCACCAGGAGAUGGAGCUGAACCACCAGCAACCCGCCGAAGCUACAGAGGAACACGAGAGCCAGCAGUGGUCGUCUGUUUCAGUCGGGGACAGCGACACCGCAGACGACUCGGACUGCUUUUUCGAACCACAGCAGCUGUCACAAAACAUGGACUCGGAAAUCCUGUUCAUUCAAAAUGCUUUAGACAUCUUAGACAACUCAGCGGAGACGGCGUACACUGACAGGUUGAUGAGGGAGAACGGACAAGGUGCACCAAGUAAACCGAGGGCUCCUGUGACUUUCAGCCAAGCUCAACCAAGUCAACCUAUAGAAGCAAUAAACCACCCAGAGAGAGGCGUGUCCAUCAGAUUCCUCUCAGAGAAACAACUACAGACUAAAAACAUGUCCGCCUUCAACCCAGACAACAGAUUCUUCCUCUUAAACGACCAGGAGUUGCAUAAAACGAUAGCGAGUCGACACAUAAAGGAGAAGUGGUUCAUUUGUCCGUUCUGCGGCAAAAGCUUCGAUCGCGUCAGCCAUCUGGAGAUUCACCAGCGAAUUCACACGGGGGAGAAACCGUACACGUGCGAAACGUGCGGCAAGUGUUUUUCUCAGAGGAGUAACCUUCGCACUCACCAGCGGACUCACAAAGAGGUUUUAGCCCAAAAUUCAGUUUGAUUCAUGAGAACGAAUACGAGGAAUAGUUCUGUGACAUUUAUGUUUAGAUGAAUUAACAAAUUACUUUUUUUUACUUCAGUGUUACUAAAAAGUGAUAUAGCCGACUGAUAUUACUGUACACUCCUUUUUUUUUCUUUUUAUAUGAAUCCUAACUUUGACACAGAUUGGAUUUUAAUCAGUUUUUAAAUCCAGCAAUUUAAGAGAUUUAUUUUAAAACAACCUGGUGGGACGUUCAGCUCUGUGACAUAGCUGAACGUUCACUUUUAAAUGUUAUACUCAGAAUAUUUGCUAUUUAAUAUUUGGCAGGUCGAUGUGAGUCAGCGUGCAUCAGAAAAAGUUGGAGAGUUACUCAUCAAUGCAGACCAGUUACAAGUGUUCAUUUUUAUGUUCACAGUAAAAAUGGAUCAACCCAGAUCUGCAUCUAAACAGACUCAAAAACUUUAUCUUUUAAUCAAUUUUCUUUCUUCAAAAGGAAAGAUAACGGAGAAGUCCUUAUGAAAACACAACCACAGCACUUAGAGAAUGAGCCUGAGCUCACGUGUAACAGCUGUCGUUACACAAAGACUUAAAUUCUGUGUUUUUGUAAUACUGUUGGAACAAGGAGUCGUCCAAGUUUGGUCACACGUACAUUUAUCUAAUGUAAACUAUGAGAACAUUUUGCAAAUGUUUGUUUUAGACUAAGAAAGACAGGAAAUGAAAGCACUGACUCUUCUCUUCUUAGCAUUUACCGUACAGAUGUUUACAGCUCAGACAGGAUCUCCUCCUUAUCUGACAAUACUUUUUAAACAUGUCUUUACUCUUCAUCCAGAGCCACCUCCGAUCAAUCCCCACAUGCUCCACACAGCAUGCUGGGAGACCAAGAUCUUCUUGUAGGUUAUCUUAGAUCUCACUCAAGUUCUCCUUUAGCCUGGUUCAUGUCCAGUCUGAGUGGAGAAGCAACAUCUGAAACACUUUGUUGCAGAGAGUGAGAUGAGAAGAUUAAAACCACUCUUCAUGCUAAAUAUGAAUCUACAGGGAGAUGGUUAGCUUAGCUUAGCAUACAGAUUGGAAAAAAGGGGAAACAGCUAGCCUUGCUCUCUCCAAAUGCUAAAGAACCUGGCUACUUGCAUCUUUAAAGCUCAUUAGUUAACACAUUUUAAGUUUUUUUACAUUUCAGCUUUUGUAUAUCAUGAAAAAACAUGAUAUAUGCCUUUAAUUUGUGAGUUUUAGACAUGCUGGUUAGGUUUUUUUUUUUAAAUAGUUAGUGAGGCUAGCUGUUUCCCCCUGCUUUCAGUCUUUAUGCUAAGCUAACUUGUCUCCUAGCUUUACUGAAGGUUUAUAUUUAACAGAUAUAAGAGUAGCAUCCAUCUUCUCAUCUAACUCUUUGUAAUAAAUGAGCAUAUUUUUAAGUCUGAAAUAUUUCCCUAAUACGGGAAGUAGAAACACUCUUUUUUUGUCCUUUUGUAUCCACAGUCUCGAUUCUUUCAGUCACUACAGAUCUGAUGAAGAUGUGAAGUACAGAUGAGGAAGUUUUUUAACCUGAUACAACACUUU